GUACGAUCACAAGAGCUGGCAUCGUUGGGCCUGCCAGGUCCCGAUCCUGCGAUGGCGGUAAUAUCGGCUGAACGAAUCAUGUACCAGACCGCUUACAUGAUGCUUCACACACUCUCGGAGCAAGUAUCCAGUGAAGCGGACAAAAUGAUCCUUUCGAAAUACAAAAGUGCGGUGGAGAAGCGCCUUAGAAUAUUGGAGAAGCAAGGCCUGGUACAAGCUGUUAGCACUGCAUAG